AUGGCGCCGCCAGAAGAUGGCGCCGUUCUCGAGCCUACGGUGUCGAUGCAGAGGUCGAGAUGGGCGACGCGGAAGCUGACGGUCAAGAGCAGCGGCCUGAAGCGCCUCUCGCUGCUCGGAAGGAAACACAACAGGAAUGCGUCGGGCGAGAAGAAGAGGACAUCGGGAGGAUCCGAGUCGCUGCGACAACCGACGGGCGGCCAACUUGACGGGCCGCAGAGCGAUGCCAACAGCGUUACGAGCGACGAGCACGGCGCCGCACCGCGCCAAGUUUACUUCAACAUACCUCUCUCCGACGACCUCAAGGACGAGGAAGGACACCCGAAGACCUUUUACACGCGAAACAAGAUCCGGACGGCCAAGUACACGCCGCUAUCUUUUAUUCCUAAGAACCUGUGGUUCCAAUUCCACAACGUCGCCAAUAUUUUCUUCCUCUUCGUUGUCAUUUUAGUUAUAUUCCCUAUUUUCGGCGGUGUGAACCCCGGACUUAACGCUGUUCCUUUAAUUUUUAUUGUUACCGUCACCGCCAUCAAAGAUGCCAUCGAGGACUAUCGGAGGACAAUUCUCGACAACGAGCUCAAUAAUGCCCCCGUGCACCGUUUAGUGGGCUGGGACAACGUCAACGUGGAGGACGACAACGUGUCACUGUGGCGAAGGUUUAAAAAGGCCAAUUCCCGGUUCUUUGGCGCCAUAUGGCGUUCCAUCCAGAGUCUUUGGAAGAAGAAGGACAAGGGCGCGACAGAUGGCGAUUCGGACCGCGCUGACCCGCGUGCGUCAAUCGAGACCACGUCGACGCCAUGGGAGUCGGUUGUUUCCCCGCGCUCUCAGCGGAUGUCGUUUGUUUCGGCGCAAGAGGAAAUUCAGAUGACGCCAGUGCCGUCGCCCCUCCCGCUCCAGCCCAACCAGAUGAAGCUGCCGUCUGAUGUGCAGAGGGGCGGAGGACAUGCGCUCAGCUUUGAGAUGAAUGAAGCGACGGCUUUGCAGAACUUGAAAGGAGACUUGGUCAACCACGAGGUGCCCGUCACCGGCAAGGCUAAAUUCCACAAAGAUACGUGGAAAAGUCUAGUUGUCGGCGAUUUUGUCCGCAUCUACAAUGACGACGAGCUCCCUGCUGAUAUCAUCAUCCUGGCAACUUCGGAUCCUGACGGCUCUUGCUACGUCGAGACGAAAAACUUGGACGGAGAAACCAACUUGAAGGUCCGCUCGGCGCUCCGGUGCGGCCGUUCGCUGAAGCAUGCCCGGGACUGCGAGCGUGCCCAGUUUAUGAUUGACAGCGAACCCCCGCAGCCCAACCUCUACAAGUAUAACGGCGCAAUCAAGUGGGAACAGCAGGUGCCUUGGGAUCCUCACGGGGAGCCUAGAAACAUGUCGGAGCCAGUCACGAUCGACAACAUGCUCCUCCGUGGAUGCAACCUCCGCAACACCGAGUGGGCUCUCGGCGUGGUUGUCUUCACCGGCCACGACACCAAGAUCAUGAUGAACGCCGGAAUAACGCCAAGCAAGCGUGCCCGAAUUGCUCGCGAGCUGAACUUCAACGUCAUCUGCAAUUUCGGUAUUCUCUUGGUCAUGUGUCUCAUCGCUAGCAUUGCCAACGGCGUUGCCUGGGGCAAGACAGAUGCGUCCUUGUACUGGUUCGGGUACGGGUCGAUCGGAGGGACACCGGGACUGACAGGCUUCAUCACUUUCUGGGCUGCUGUGAUCGUCUUUCAAAACUUGGUGCCUAUCUCUCUCUACAUCUCGCUCGAAAUCGUGAGAACCCUCCAGGCCUACUUCAUCUACAGCGACAUUGGGAUGUACUACGAAUCGAUCGACGCGCCGUGUAUCCCCAAGUCGUGGAAUAUAUCGGAUGAUGUUGGCCAGAUUGAGUACAUCUUCUCCGACAAGACCGGCACCUUGACACAGAAUGUGAUGGAGUUCAAGAAAGCCACGGUCAACGGCCAACCAUACGGAGAAGCAUUCACCGAAGCGCAGGCUGGCAUGAAUAAGAGGAUGGGCGGCGCUGUUGCUGAGCAGGACACUGAAAAUAUCAGGGCCGAGAUCGCCGCGGCAAAAGUCAAAACGCUUCAAGGACUUCGAGAUCUUCACGACAACCCGUAUCUCCAUGACGAAGACUUGACCUUUGUCGCCCCUGAUUUUGUCGAAGACCUGGCUGGCAAGCACGGAGCUGAGCAGCAACGGGCAAAUGAGCAUUUCAUGCUCGCGCUAGCUCUUUGCCACACGGUUAUCACCGAGAAACAGCCUGGUGAUCCUCCCAAGAUCAUAUUCAAGGCCCAGUCGCCAGACGAGGCCGCUCUUGUUUCUACCGCCCGUGACAUGGGCUUCACCGUUCUUGGCAUGUCUAACGACGGCAUCAACGUCAAUGUCAUGGGCCAGGACAGGUACUACCCGGUCCUCAAUACCAUCGAGUUUAACUCGACGAGGAAGAGAAUGAGCGCCAUCGUCAGGAUGCCUGACGGUCGAAUUGUCCUUUUCUGCAAGGGGGCUGAUAGCAUCAUAUACUCGCGCCUCAAGAGGGGUGAGCAGCCCCAGCUCCGCAAGGAAACGGCAGAGCAUCUCGAGAUGUUCGCCGUCGAGGGUCUCCGCACUCUCUGCAUUGCGGAACGCGAGCUUACCGAGGAGGAAUAUCGCGAAUGGCGCAAGGAGCACGACCUGGCUGCUACCGCUCUCGAAAAUCGCGAAGAGAAGCUCGAGGAGGUUGCCGAUAAGAUCGAGCAGGACCUCACCUUGCUGGGAGGGACGGCCAUUGAAGAUCGCCUUCAGGACGGUGUGCCCGACACCAUUGAGCUUCUGUCCGACGCCGGUAUCAAACUUUGGGUUCUUACCGGAGACAAGGUCGAGACAGCGAUCAACAUCGGGUUCUCGUGCAACCUCUUGAACAAUGACAUGGACCUUAUCCGCCUCCAGGUCGUCGAGGACGAAGGCGGCGUGAUAACAGAAGAGGAAUACCUGCGCCUAGCCGAAGAGAGCCUCGACCAAGGCUUGGCGAAGUUCAACAUGACGGGCAGCGACGAAGAGCUCAAGAAGGCGAGAAGCGACCACGAACCCCCUGCCGCGACUCACGGGCUCGUUAUUGACGGCUUCACCCUGCGGUGGGUGCUGAGUGAAGCCUUGAAGCAGAAGUUCCUGCUCUUGUGUAAGCAGUGCAAGGCCGUCUUGUGCUGCCGAGUCAGCCCUGCCCAGAAAGCCGCCGUCGUCACCUUGGUGAAGAAUGGGCUGGAUGUCAUGACCAUGUCCAUUGGCGACGGAGCAAACGACGUCGCCAUGAUCCAGGAGGCCGACGUUGGCGUCGGCAUCGCCGGUGUGGAAGGCCGCCAGGCCGUCAUGUCAUCCGACUAUGCAAUUGGGCAGUUUCGAUUCCUGCAGAGGCUGGUGCUCGUCCACGGAAGAUGGUCCUAUCGGCGCUUGGCAGAAACGAUUAGCAAUUUUUUCUACAAGAACAUGAUCUGGACAUGGGCCAUCUUCUGGUUCCAGGCCUUCUGCAACUUCGACAUCUCGUACAUCUUCGAGUACACGUACAUUCUCAUGUUCAACCUGUUUUUUACGUCGGUCCCGGUUAUCCUUAUGGGAGUUCUAGACCAGGACGUGAGUGACACGGUAUCGUUGGCGGUCCCUCAGCUCUACCGACGCGGCAUCGAGCGGCUUGAAUGGACGCAAACAAAAUUCUGGGCCUACAUGGUGGACGGUAUUUACCAAUCCGUCGUAACCUUCUUCAUCCCGUUCGUUUUCGUCACCCUCACCGCCUCCGCUGCCGGGAACGGACUCGACGUGGCCGAGCGGCUCCGGCUGGGAUGCUAUAUCGCCCAUCCCGCCGUUCUCACGAUCAACUUCUAUAUCCUGAUCAACACGUAUCGAUGGGACUGGGUGUUCCUGUUGGUUAUCGCUCUCAGCGACGUGUUCAUCUUCUUCUGGACCGGAGUGUACACGGCUAGUACCUACGCUGCCGGCUUCUACCAGGCCGCCCCCCAAAUCUACCAAGAGCUCACUUUCUGGAUGUGCUUCAUUGUCACGCCCACAAUAUGCCUGCUUCCGCGAAUCGUCAUCAAGUGUAUUCAGAAGCAGCGGUUCCCAUACGAUGUGGACAUCGUCCGGGAAGAGGUCAAGCUAGGCAGGUAUUCUGACAAGGAGCCGACGGACACCACAGCAACCGCCGAGGGUCUGGAAGGGUCUUUAUCGACAGCGUCCGAGUCGUCGACCAAAAAAGGAAAGCACGCUACUUACGCGAGCGUCGAUGAAGACAGGCGGCCUAUCUAUCCCCCUUCGGUGGCCACGCAUAACACGCGUAACCAAAAUGGGAGCGACGGUACAGACUACACCAUGCACAACCGGAACUCGCUCGAGGUACAGCGAGAGGACGAGGGAUACAGGCCGCGGCAGUCGAUUGACCGGACUAGACCGUCAUUCGACCGCAUAAGAGCAUCGAUGGACCGGGUCCGACCCAGUCUCGAGGCCAGCAACGAUUUUACCUCGGCGGCACGGCUGAGUAGGAUAGAGUCGACACACUCGUCGCACGGGACGGGCAAUCAGCGGCGUUUUAAUUUGAACACGGUUAGAAGGAGGGGAAUGUCGGCAUUUUCCAAAAAGAGCGUCGAUCAACAAUAA